AUGCCUCCCAUCGCUGCUCCCCAGCCUCGUCGUCCUCGCCCCAGCUCCCCCCUCCUCCAAUCCCCGACCCAUCCACGCUACCACAUAUCGCAGGACGACCCCUUCAUCUGUUGUACCCCCAAGCUCAAGCCGUCGCAGUCGGCCUUCACCCUCGAAUCCCCUCCGCUCUUAUCUCCCAUCCGCUUCCAAGAUCGUACAAAGCGCGGUGUAAUGUCCAAAUCCCCGACUCCAUGUAGCUCUAUCAGAGGAUCAUCUAGCAUCCCCCUUGCUAUUUCUCGGUCCCCACGCCGCCGUCGCCAUCUCUCCUCGCUGAAGUGCCCCUUUCCCCCUCGCAUCCCAUCAGAUUUUGACAAUCUGCCGUGGAUUGACCUGCUUUCAUCACCAUCAUUCGCCCAGGACGCCUGGGACGGCUCAGACCUGUCCCAGCUCAUCCCUGAAGACACACGUCCCGUCGCCAGUCAUCGUGAAGGCCCCGGCCCCAUACGGCGCCGUAAGCUGUCCCCACGAACCGCACCCCAUGCGCGCAGCCUGCACGCCCGUUCACCGCAGCGCCCGGCGGAAUUACCAGCGCUUCUAAGCGGCCGCAGAGGGAGCAGCAUAGCACCACAUACUCCUCCUCCGCGGUUCCACCCCUCCAAGACUCACUUCUUCAAUCUGAUGCCCAUCAUGACGGACUCACCCCUUUCCGAAGCGCGCUUUCCCUUGCACUAA